UAUGGCUGCAGCUGUAAGAUUCCGAAUUUCGCUGUUUUCUUUCAAAUGCCAAAAUCGCGGAAAUUCAAAAGAGAGUCCCCUGUUGGGUAUUUCGUUUCGAAUAAUUAAUAUUUUACAUUUGCUGUUCAAAUCUAAUCAAAUAUGUUUCGGCAACCAAUUAUAAACAGUUUUUCUUUAACGCGCAGUCUUUUAAAGAACAGAUAUAGUUUGUCUACUGGAAAAAUUAGACAAUUUUGCGAUGAUCCGCCAAGGAUAUAUUUAGAAAAAAGUAUAAAUCAAGUUAUUUUGCUGGGAAGAGUUGGGAUCAAUCCUCAGCUUCGAGGCACAGAAAGUAAACCUGUUGUUGUCUUUACCUUAGCCACCAAUACAAAUUACAAAUAUGAUUCAGGCGAGGUUCAUGAAAAGACUGAUUGGCACAGAAUUAGUGUAUUUAAACCAAACUUACGAAAUUUAGUUCUGGACUAUUUGAAAAAAGGAUCGAGGGUCUUUGUUGAAGGUCGUAUUAUGUAUGGAGAAUUUACUGAUGCCAAAGGUGUUAUUCAUAAUUCAACUAGUAUAAUAGCCAAUUGUUUUAGUGGUGCCAUCACAGGAAACUGAAAAAUAAAAAAAAAUAGCUUUACUGUUAGAUAAUUGUUCUGCACACUCCUCUGAUAUCGUUCUGAAAAACAUUAAAUUAGUGUUUCUUCCUGCAAAUAUAUCCUCUAUUAAUUCAGCCUUUAGAUGAGGACAUUAUAAAAAUUUUCAAAUGCCAUUGCAAAAAAGGUGUUGCUCCAGAAAAGAUAAACAGAACUGAAUCUUCUGAAAAUGCAAGCAAGCACUUUGAAGGAGAUAACUAAAUCUAUGCAUAUUACCGUCAGUGCAUGGAAAGCAGUCUCUCAAAACAUGGUGUAAUUGCUUUAGAAAUAUGGCUGUUGUUUUAGAAAAAGGCUCAGAGGAACUGCAAACUAUAGCCAAUGUUUUGGACAUUGGUGUGGAAAAUUAUGAAGAUUCAUUUUUAGAAUAUAUUGCAACUGGUCAUUGAGAUAGUGUGUGAGAACACUAAUUACGAGAUUAUGGAAGAUGUUGAAAAAAGCUGCAGAAUUUGAAACAAAAGUGAAAAUAUCAUAUGGAAAAAAGUGACACUUGUAUUGAUUAAUAAAAAGAUCUGGUGAAUCCAUUGCAUGUUUUGGGUACAGCCCUUAAAAUAUGACCAAAGAUUUGCAUGCAUGAGCAAGUAUAUCAGCAAUUAGUUUACAUAAUGUGGUAAUUAAGCAAUGAGAAUGCAUUUUUUAAAAAAAUCCAUGUAAACUUAGCAGCAUUGCUUUUUGUAGAAAUUAUUCAUCACAUGGCUAGACAUACUAUUUUUAAUGCAGCAUUCCUCAUCACUCAGUAGAAACUAUUGUUCCAAGUGCGGUGUACAAUAUUGUUGUGUGCAUUGAAUGCACAUGUCCGAUGAUAGGUUAAUAAAAUGUGUUUUAUCA